GUGAGAAGAGCAUGGAGAAUCCCAAUGGUGAGUUGGGGAGAGCACAGAGAAGACUGUGAGAGAAAAGAGAGUGAGUCGAGUGACCGAAUAAAUAAUCAAAUCUCCCUCUCUUCUUUUCCUCUCUCGUAACUCAUAGCCCCACGAUUUCCUCCAACUCUUCCUCUACUCCCUACAUUUUUUCCUCUUCAGAUCCCAUCAGCCAUAAAAAUCCCUUUUUUUUUAACCUCCAGGCCCCUACACUGCUCUUAUUAUUCACAGAACCCCACCACCGAUGAGGGAGGAGAGGUCGGAGAUGUCGGAGAACGGCGAUGGAGACGAGGGGAAAGAUGUCCGGUGGUCUCCGGAUCCGGGAGGAACCGCUCCGCCGAAGUGCCGAGCUGCUGCAGGUUCCCCUGGCGGCGCUGCCGUCCCGCCGCCGCCUUUCUCCGACCAAGUUCUUGAGAACGUCCUCGAGAACGUCCUCUGCUUCCUCACCUCACGCGGCGACCGCAACGCCGCAUCGCUUGUCUGCAAAUCGUGGUACCGCGCCGAGGCGCAGACACGGCUGGAGCUCUUCAUCGGCAACUGCUAUGCUGUGAGUCCUGCACGUGCUAUCGACCGGUUCCGCCGCGUGCGGUCUCUGGUGCUAAAAGGCAAGCCUCGCUUCGCCGAUUUUAACCUAGUUCCGAUGGGUUGGGGCGCGCGGUUGUCUCCGUGGGUUGCUGCCAUGGCUCCCGCUUACCCCUGGCUCGAGCGAAUAUGCCUUAAGAGGAUGACCGUCACCGACGCGGACCUCGCCCUCCUCGCUUGCUCGUUUCCCUCUUUCCGCGACCUGUCGCUCAUUUGCUGCGACGGCUUCACCACUAUCGGACUAGCCGCUGUGGCGGGUAAUUGCAGGCAUCUACGAUCGCUGGAUCUGAUUGAGAAUGAUGUUGAGGACGACGAAGAUGAGGUGGUGGAUUGGGUAUCGAAUUUUCCUCCGGGAAAGACUUGCCUUGAAUCUCUGAUAUUCGAUUGCGUUGGGUGUGCUGUGAACUUUGAUGCUCUUUUGGCUCUAGUGGCCCGCUCGCCUUUUCUCCGGCGGCUGAGAGUUAAUGAGCAUAUAUCGUCGGACCGGCUCUACCAACUCAUGACCCGGGCUCCUCAGCUCACCCACCUUGGCACCGGCGCCUUCUCAUCCUCUGUAGAAGUAGGUGAUUUUGAGGAAUCUCUGGAAUCAGCUUUCCACUCUUCAAAGUCACUAAUAUGCCUAUCAGGUUUUAGAGAUCUUGCUCCUGAGUACCUGCACACAAUCUACCCUGUAUGUACUAAUCUCACCUCACUCAACUUUAGCUAUGCCCAGAUCACUGCUGAACAGCUUAAACCAGUCAUUACCCGUUGCCACAAUCUUCAAACAUUCUGGGUCCUUGAUUCUCUUGGUGAUGAAGGCCUUCAAAUGGUUGCUGCAACUUGCAAGAAGCUUAGAGAGUUGAGGGUUUUUCCGUUAGAUGCUACGGAGGACUCUGAGGGUUUUGUAUCAGAUGUUGGACUUGCGGCAAUCUCUGAGGGCUGUCAUGAACUCCGGUCAAUUCUCUACUUCUGCCAGAGGAUGACAAAUGCAGCUGUUGUGGCCAUGUCUAAGAACUGCCAGGAGCUCGUAGUGUUCCGCCUCUGCAUUAUGGGCCGUCACCGGCCUGAUCGCCUUACUGGAGAACCCAUGGAUGAGGGUUUUGGAGCAAUUGUGAAGAAUUGCAGGAAGCUUACAAGGCUUGCUGUUUCUGGUCUGCUCACUGAUAGGGCCUUUGCUUACAUUGGCUUGUAUGGGAAGUUAGUGAGGACUCUUUCAGUGGCCUUUGCGGGUGAUGGCGAUUUGGGACUUCGAUAUGUGCUCGAAGGUUGUCCCAAAUUGCAGAAGCUGGAGAUUAGAGAUAGCCCUUUUGGAGAUGCUGGUUUACUCUCUGGGAUCAACCAUUACUACAACAUGAGGUUCUUGUGGAUGUCUUCUUGCAAGCUUUCGCUGAGUGGAUGCAAGGAUUUGGCUAGGCAAUUGCCUCGAAUUGUGGUGGAAGUUAUCAGGGACAAUUCAGAGGAUGAUAACAGUGAUGCAGUGGGGAAGUUAUACUUGUAUCGAUCUCUUGUUGGACCGAGGAAUGAUGCUCCACCUUUUGUUAAGAUACUAUAAUCCAGGGCAUAGGAACAGGCCUCCAUUUCCAUUUAAAGAGCUUAAUGAGGAUAAUUUUAGUUGGAAGAGACCCUUUUAACCAUUAUGGCUGGUGGGAGGUUCAUUAUGGUCGGAGUUUUCAUGACCCAUACAGAGAUUCUCUAUGCCCCACAUUUUGAAUUGCUUGAUUGAACUAUUCUUGUAUAAUCGCAGUUGAAGAAACUUAGCACAAAUCUUCUAUCUGAAUAUCAGUUUUUAGUUAGUGAAAUAGAAUUAGAAGCAGGUUAUCCAUGGCCGGGGAGGCCACCUAUGCUGUUAUAUCAUGUCGCCGGCCCGGCACAAUCAUUAGAACUUUGAAGUUGAAGUGAUGAACACUGAGCCUCGAGUUUGCCUUGCUCUCAUUCUAUUGCAUCUAUCAGCUAAAGCUGAAAUCAGGCAUCAUUUGAUCUAGAACUCCCUUCCCAAGCAAGCUACUCACUCCAUAGUAAUACUCCAGGUGAAGGCUAGGAACUCUUGAAAUUUUUUUUUUAAUCUUAUGGAGAAAAAAAGAUUUUGUUAAUUUGCCUGUGAAGAACUUGUUUAAGUUUUAUGUGCUUCGAAUGCUUCUUGUUUAAUUCAUUUAGAGGUCUUAUUAUUUGGUCUUAUUAACGUUGCAUGAAAACAACCAUUGCUGUAGCAUCCAAAGGCAUUCUGUACUUGUUUGUUC